UAAAAAAUGCUUACAUUUGACCUUGUUAAAGGUGUGAGAACCCUGUCAUUAUUGAUUUAUAGCUAAAUGUUGUGUGUUUUAGGUCUGAUUGGAGCAGGAGACACUCAUGUGUUCAGCAGUUCUGGAGAAACUGUUCAUCUGCCCUGUAGAAAUACUGUUCAGCAAUGCAGACCAGCAGGAACUACAUGGAUGUACACGUUCAGACAGACUUACUCACAGACAACUAAGAUUAUUGUUUUAGGGGUAAAAGAAAUGGCAACCAAAGUCAGUAUGUAUCUGGGCUCUGACUGCUCUCUGACCCUCAGUAGAGUCAUAGUAGAAAUGGCUGGACGUUACACCUGCCAACAGUGGAGUGAAGACCAGCAAUAUGGACCCGAUGCACAUGUUUAUCUGCAUGUUGUUCUCAUGAUUAGUGAUUUUGUCUUCUGUUCACUUUCAGUCUCUCAAUCAUCAUCUGAUAUUAGUCCGGGUCUCUCUUUGACGCUCUACUGUCAGCUCUUCUCAUAUUUUGAUUUUCACUGUGAAAGUUUGGCCACAUGUAAGGAUUUUCGUCUGUCCUGGUUGGAUCAGGCUGGUGUUAUUCUGAACACAGACUCCAGAUUUGACGUGAUCUCCUACCCUGAACAGUGUAUCACCAGGCUGUCUACAACACUUGUAAGAGAAGAUAAUAAUAAACAGUGGAGAUGUGGAAUCUAUCAGAGAAAUGAACUGAAGACCUCAGACACGUUUACUGUCCACUAUUCAGCUCCAGAUCUCACAGCUAAAGCAGAGCCGACACCACAGACUGAACCAGCAGCAGACACAACUAAAGGUGGAGCAGUGUUCAUCUCACAUCACUGAUUUACAGAGUUCAGUAACUAGUUCAGCCAGGUUGUUCAACAGUGUUAUUCACCGGAACCUCCAUCUUUUACAGCAGUGACUCCAGUUUACAACACAAACACUUCAGUAUCUUAUUCAGCAGGUUCAUCAUCAGUGUUUUCUGUGUUUUUAAAUACAGUCCUAUCACAGACAGGGUUCUAUCGAAUGAAAGUAAAGGGGA